AUGGCACUCAUUGCCUGCGCCGCGGCGGCCACAGGGCUAGCCGGCAUGUACCUGGAUGCCAAGCACUCUAUACGCAGUGACAUAGCUCAAAUCAGAGGGGCCCGGAGAAUGGAGCAAUACAUGCGACAUCUUUCUGAGAUCCGCGGCGAAGAUGACUGGUCCUUCUAUCACGUCCUUCACAAUACCUACGAAUCCAAUCACCACACUGAGCAGGAGGCGCUUGUAUUCGAAGGACGUAGCUGGACAUACCGGCGUCUUCGAGAGGAAAUUGGUCGAUGGGCCGAAGCUCUGCAGUCUUUGGGAGUGCGGAACAGAACAGUAGUGGGCUUGUUCAUCAAUAACUCUCCUGAAUUCAUCUUCACCUGGUGGGCGCUUUACAAGCUUGGUGCGAUUCCGGCUCCCAUUAACACGUCCAUUACGGGCCACCAUAUCAAGCAUUGUCUGAAGGUCUCGGAGGCUGAGUUUAUCAUAACCACCUUCGAGCUGUCGGGGAUAGUGUCACAGGCAUUUGACCUAGCGGAGGGUACCACAGACUUUUCGGCUGAUCCCUCAUGUCCGUGGCUGAAACGUGUGAUUUUAUACGAUUACAACACGUAUCCCUCCCUACCGCAGUGGUCCUCUCGGAAUGGAACCAUAGUCGUACGACAUGACAGUCUGCGACCGGUCGUCCCCGAGAUGGGAGAUUUCCCUAAGUCCUCCAGACCACAGGUGCGCGCAACGGAUGCAUCUCAAUACCUCUUCACAUCAGGAACAACUGGUCUUCCGAAAGCGUUGAACUGGCCGGCAGCGUACAGCCUUGGAUCAACAUGCCCAGGAAGAUAUCCAAACAUGUACAACCAGAGCCGCCGGUUCUAUGUUUGUCUCCCCAUGUUUCACGGCACUGCUUCGUUUGCCGCCCUUCCGCCAACGCACGCAGUCUCCGGCACCAUAAUCCUUGCGCGCCGCUUUUCCCGUAGCGAGUUCUGGGCCGAUGUCCGCCGAUCGCAGGCAAAUGCAAUCUUGUACAUUGGAGAAAUGCUGCGAUACUUGGUCCAAUCGCCUCCCGAUCCGCGCUUUCCGAACGAGAAGAACCACGGAGUCGAUUUGGCGUUCGGGCUGGGCCUCUCGGCGUCUGUAUGGCAAGGUGUGAGGAACCGCUUCGGGAUCCCGUGGAUUGUCGAGUACUACUCAGCCAGCGAAGCCACGGUAUCGCUGGUGAACUCGAACAAAGGGGACCGAGGUGUCGGCAAGAUCGCUCACUGGGGUCCACUCAUGCGCAGUUCGUGGUUUGGCCAACGUACCUUUUACAUUGUGCGCACGGAUCUUGAGACGGGAGAUAUUCUUUGCGAUCCGAAAACUGGCUUUUGUAUGACCACCGACCCCGGUGAGAUAGGCGAGUCUAUUAGUCGCAUUGUUCCUCCCGUACAGCGAAGACACGAUUAUGUUGGCGAGGGUGGCGUGGAGGCGACGGAAAAGAAGAUGCUGCGGGAUGUAUUCGAGACUGGAGACCAAUUCUAUCGCUUAGGAGAUGCGCUGGCAAUGGACGCAGAAGGCUACGUAUCCUUCCACGAUCGACUCGGCGACACCUACCGUGCGAAAGGUCACAACAUCUCGACGACAGAAGUCGAGGCCUGCUUCAGUCGCCACCCCAAAAUCGCUUCCGUGAACGUCUAUGCGAUUCCCAUGAAUCGCUACGGCUAUGAUGGUCAAUUAGGCUGUGCCGCACUCACAUUCAGCGGCACCGAAGGCCGUAAAAGCAUAGACGGCCCGGAUGCGUUGGAAUGCGAAGUAGUUCCCGAGCUGGAGAAAUGGCUAACGACCAACGCGAAUGCUUUGCCCGUGUAUGCUGUACCGCGCUUCCUCCGCGUGCUCGUCAGCACCGACCGUCCAGACCUUAAGAGCGACACAGGAGCAGAUCGGGUGUCUCUGAUCAUGAAAAAACUGAAGACCGGGUUAAGACAGGACGGUUUCUCAUUGCCCCUCGGAACCAGUGACAGAAUGUACUGGAUUGAGAAGGAAGGAGAAGGCUACGUUAGACUGAACAAGGAGGCAGAAGAGAGAUUGAAAGCCGGAAAGGCGAGGCUCUAG